GGGUGUCAACAUAGUUAGCUGGCCACUCGUUUUUAUAUUCAUUUUUUUCUGUUUCCAUUUCAUUUCACCAUUUUCUUCUCCCUUCGAUUUCUCCAGAACACCAAGGGAGAAUCAAUUCCUCUUCCUUGCAAUUCUUCACUCUCUAGAUUCUUUUCUUUCCUCAUCCUCUUCUCUUUCACCUCCUUCAGAAAAAAUAGAAAAAAACACAGCUUCAGAUUAUUAUUCUAGCUGUUCAUAUUUUUUGUUCAAGAUUAUUCUGUAAAAUCCUCAAACUCACAGUUUCAGCCACAUUUUACUCUAAAGAUCUGUGCUUUGACCCUUGGCAGGUUCAUCUUUUGAUGGGGUUGGAGUAGUUCUUCCUAACAAGCCAUUGAUUAGUCCAACUUUCUCUUUCUCUCUCUAAAUUGAAAGCUUUUGUUGUUUUUCUCCUGUGUCUUUCUCUCUCUUGCUGUGGAAUGCUGGGUCAGAGAUUUCUGAGACAUGUUCUAGCAGGCUUUUGGUGAAUUGGGUCACUGUGGUUUCUGUCAUGGGUGGUAGAGAAUCUGAGUUCUCAGAGAUCUAAGCCUCUGUGGUCUUUUGUUCACCGCACACACACCCUUUUGUUGCAUAGUUGUGAAAGUGAAAGAGUGAGAGAAGAUGAUGAGGAUGAGGAAUAGUAGUGGUAGCAGUAAUAAUCACAAUAACAAGACAAAUGGUCUUUCCUCCAUCAUGAAUGGAGGCUCAACUGGUUGCAGAGGUGAGCCUGGCUCCAAGGAGUGGGAGAUGAGGCCAGGUGGAAUGCUGGUUCAGAUGAGAACCGCUGACUCGGAUCGGAACUCAGUGCUUGUUCCCACUAUUAGAGUUAGGGUCAAGUAUGGUUCAAUUUACCAUGAAGUCAACAUUAGUUCCCAAGCUACAUUUGGGGAGUUGAAGAAAAUGCUGUCAGGGCUAACUGGGCUACACCAUCAAGACCAAAAGCUGUUUUACAAAGACAAGGAGAGGGAUUCAAAGGCUUUUCUUGACAUAGUUGGGGUCAAGGACAAAUCCAAGAUAGUGCUAGUGGAAGACCCUAUUAGUCAAGAGAAGAGGUUGUUGGAGAUAAGGAAGAAUGCUAAGAUGGAGAAAGCUGCAAAGUCGAUCUCAGAAAUCAGCUUGGAAGUAGAUAGGCUUGCAGGGCGGGUAUCAGCCUUUGAGACAAUUAUUAGCAAAGGUGGGAAAGUUGCGGAAACAGAUGUGCUUAGUCUGAUUGAGCUAUUGAUGAAUCAAUUGCUGAAAUUGGAUGGCAUAAUGGCUGAUGGGGACGUGAAAUUGCAGAGGAAAAUGCAGGUGAAAAGGGUUCAAAAGUAUGUUGAAACUUUGGAUUUGCUGAAAGUUAAGAAUUCCAUGCCUAGUAGCAAUGGAGGGCAUGCCCCAGUGCAGCCUCAACAGAAGCAUUCAAAUGGGCAACAACAAAAGCAUUCAAAUGGACAUAAUCAUAGGUUAGCACCAAUUCAGGAGCAGCAACAAGAGCAAGCAAGGAACUCAAAUGGGAAUUCUCUAGCACUUUACCAAGACCAACAACAACAGCAACCCUCAAGGAAUUCCACUUCAGGAGUUGUCGUAACCACAAAUUGGGAAUUGUUUGAUUCUGUCCCACCAUUGAUCCCUGUGCCAUCCACAUCCACAUCCACAUCCCCACCCCCACACCCCUCAGUGACCAAUAAUAAUUCAGGUCCUCCCAAGUUCAAUUGGGAAUUCUUCGACUAAGUACACUACACCGCGUGCUUCUGCUUGUGUGGAUGUGAUUUGGGUUUGUCUUCCACUUGAGUGUUAUUAUAUGUUUUACAUUCUUUUCUGUAUUUAGAUUUGUUUAGCAACCCCCUAUAAUCUGUCAUUUACUUCACAAAUAAAUGGGGUUGCUAUGAUAGUGAUUAUCAUAAAAAAAAAAAAAUUACAUUUCUGUGAUUCUGGUGUCCACCGAAUUCAUUUACCAAAUGUAUGGGCCUAUUUUUGAUGGAUAUAUGUAAUAUUAUUAUAAUUCAGCAUUUGUAGCUU